AAAGAAACAAACAAAAUUGUCUAUUGUAAAAAGUCAAGAAAUUGUUGGAAAUCUAGGGUUGAUUUUAAUGUUGUUUGUGUAAAAUAAGAUCGAUAUAAGGUAUAACUACUAAAAAAAGUGCAUAUGCUGCACUAAAUAUAAUGGAGAAGAUACCAAGGACUCACGAAGGUAUUUUGUCGCAAUGCUUUCAUUACAUACUUUUCAGCCAUUUUCUGAAGGAUACAUUUUGAUCCUAUGCGCAUCAGAUGCAAACCUAAAGCGCUACGAAUAAAUUCUUUACUUGAAUUAAUGUUUUUGUAUUGGAAUUGUUAUUCAAAAGAGUCGAAACUAUUGAAGCACAAAUAAGAGAAAUUCAAUCUAAGAAAAAUGAACUACCUGAAAAUGGCUCUGGAAAGGGUGUGUCUCUUGCAGACACUUUCUAUGACAGUGAUAUUUAUGAUACUGCUGGUCAGGGGGGAAAAUCGAGGUAUGAUGGAUAUGUCACAUCAAUCGCUGCUAAUGAUGAAGUUGAAGAUGAAGAUGUAGAAAAUGUCCCAAUUGCACAGAAGAGAUCUGGUUACACAGCACCAGCUUCUUUAUUGAAUGACAUAGCUCAAAGUGAUAAAGAUUAUGAUCCCUUUGCUGAUAAAAGACGUCCAACAAUAGCAGACAGAGAAGAUGAAUAUCGCCAGAUGAGACGAAGGAUGAUUAUAUCUCCUGAACGUAUUGAUCCUUUUGCUGAAGGUGGAAAAACACCAGAUGUUGGCUCCAGAACCUAUACUGAGAUUAUGAAAGAACAGUAUCUGCGUGCAGAAGAAACUGAGUUGCGUAAAAAGCUCUUGGAAAGAGCGAGGGAGGGUACAUUAAAACCAGUUGCACAAUCAAACGGUGAAGCACCAAAAAGUGCUGCAAAACGUAAAGGCCGCUGGGAUCAGAGCUCAGAUGACACGCCAUUGGCCAAGAAGACAAUUUCUGCUACACCCAGCUCACAAGCAACUCCAUCUUGGGACACUGAGAGAGGGGCCUGGGAGGAGACUCCGGGAGCUCACGGGCGGGGCGGUGAGACUCCCGGCGCUACGCCCUCGGCACGAGUGUGGGACGCCACUCCAGGACAUAUCACUCCGGGACACGCCACUCCGGGGAGGGAAACGCCGGCUCAACACACUUCCAGGCGAAAUCGAUGGGACGAAACACCUAAAACUGAUAGAGAGACGCCAGGCCACAAUAGUGGCUGGGCGGAGACCCCGCGCACGGACCGCGGGACGGGCGUUGACACCAUACAAGAGACCCCCACGCCGGGGACCAAGCGCCGCUCCCGAUGGGACGAGACUCCCGGCGCCACGCCUGCCGCCGCCACACCGACGCCGUCCCACGCCACGCCAUCGCACGCCACGCCGUCCCACGCCACGCCUUCGCAUGCCACGCCCACGCCUCAUACGCCAGUGUUUACGCCCGGCGGGUCUACUCCUGUUGGAGUGAAAGCUAUGGCGCUCGCCACACCGACGCCCGGCCACGUCGCUGCCAUGACUCCCGAACAACUGCAAGCCUAUCGAUGGGAGAAAGAAAUAGAUGAGCGCAACAGACCUUACACGGAUGAAGAACUCGAUGCCAUGUUCCCAGCCGGGUACAAGGUUUUACCACCCCCAGCCGGUUACGUACCGAUUCGGACGCCGGCUCGUAAGCUGACCGCCACGCCUACACCGUUGGCUGGUACCCCAAUCGGAUUUUUCAUGCAGACGGAGGAAGUGGGCGGUUCGGCCGCGGCCGCUGCGCGCCUCCUAGAGCCGCAGCCUAAAGGCGCUCAACAACUGCCCUUCAUGAAGCCGGAGGACGCUCAGUACUUUGACAAACUGCUCGUGGACGUCGACGAGGACGCGCUCUCCCCAGAAGAAUUGAAAGAGAGGAAAAUCAUGAAGCUCCUGCUCAAAAUUAAGAACGGAACUCCACCGAUGUGCAAAGCAGCAUUGCGUCAAAUAACGGACAAAGCCCGUGAGUUUGGCGCGGGGCCGUUGUUCAAUCAGAUACUGCCGUUGCUCAUGAGCCCCACACUAGAAGAUCAGGAGAGACACUUGCUAGUCAAAGUUAUUGACAGAAUUCUAUACAAACUGGACGAUUUAGUGCGACCUUACGUACAUAAGAUCUUGGUCGUAAUAGAACCUCUCUUGAUCGAUGAAGACUACUACGCCCGUGUGGAAGGUCGUGAAAUUAUCUCGAAUCUGGCUAAAGCUGCCGGUUUGGCGACCAUGAUAUCUACUAUGAGACCUGAUAUUGACAACAUUGAUGAGUACGUACGAAACACCACCGCCAGAGCUUUCGCUGUGGUCGCGUCUGCAUUGGGCAUACCUUCACUACUGCCAUUCUUGAAGGCUGUGUGCAGAUCUAAAAAGUCCUGGCAGGCGAGACAUACUGGUAUCAAGAUUGUUCAACAAAUCGCUAUUUUGAUGGGUUGCGCUAUAUUACCGCAUCUCAAAUCGCUGGUAGAAAUCAUUGAACACGGAUUGGUCGAUGAACAGCAGAAAGUGCGUACGAUUACCGCCUUAGCGAGUGCGGCUCUAGCCGAAGCUGCUACACCGUACGGUAUCGAAUCGUUCGAUUCAGUACUAAAACCCCUGUGGAAAGGUAUUCGUACUCACCGCGGGAAAGGUUUGGCCGCAUUCCUCAAGGCUAUUGGUUACCUGAUCCCUCUUAUGGACGCCGAGUAUGCCAACUACUAUACGCGUGAAGUGAUGUUGAUCCUUAUUCGUGAGUUCCAGUCGCCAGACGAAGAAAUGAAAAAAAUUGUAUUGAAGGUGGUGAAACAAUGUUGCGGUACAGACGGUGUGGAACCACAGUAUAUAAUGGACGAAAUUCUGCCGCAUUUCUUCAAGCACUUUUGGAACCAUCGUAUGGCUCUCGAUAGACGUAACUAUCGACAGCUUGUCGACACCACUGUCGAAAUUGCCAAUAAGGUUGGUGCAUCAGAAAUCAUAAACAGAAUAGUGGAUGAUCUCAAAGACGACAAUGAACAAUACAGGAAAAUGGUAAUGGAAUCCAUUGAAAAGAUACUCGCUAACUUGGGCGCCGCUGAUAUUGACUCGAAACUGGAAGAAGCUCUCAUUGACGGCAUAUUAUACGCAUUCCAAGAACAGACUACGGAGGAUGUGGUGAUGCUGAACGGGUUUGGUACAAUAGUGAAUCAACUGGGCAAGCGCGUGAAACCAUACCUACCACAAAUUUGUGGUAUCAUUCUGUGGCGUAUGAAUAAUAAAUCCGCCAAAGUGCGACAACAAGCGGCUGAUUUAAUUUCUAGAAUAGCAGUAGUUAUGAAGACGUGUCAAGAGGAAAAGUUGAUGGGUCACUUGGGCGUAGUAUUAUACGAAUAUCUGGGUGAAGAAUAUCCAGAGGUACUCGGUUCAAUUUUGGGAGCGUUAAAAGCUAUUGUCAACGUUAUUGGUAUGACGAAAAUGACUCCGCCCAUUAAAGAUUUACUACCUAGACUCACACCUAUUCUUAAAAACAGACACGAGAAAGUACAAGAAAAUUGCAUUGAUUUAGUUGGCCGUAUCGCAGACAGAGGUCCAGAGUUUGUAUCAGCGCGUGAAUGGAUGAGAAUAUGCUUUGAACUUUUGGAGCUUUUGAAGGCACACAAAAAAGCCAUUAGGAGAGCAACUGUGAACACUUUUGGUUAUAUCGCCAAAGCUAUUGGUCCGCACGACGUAUUGGCAACUCUGCUCAAUAAUUUGAAAGUUCAAGAACGACAAAACAGGGUUUGCACUACUGUGGCUAUCGCCAUUGUCGCCGAGACUUGUUCACCUUUCACAGUAUUGCCUGCGUUAAUGAACGAAUACAGAGUCCCAGAGCUAAACGUCCAAAAUGGAGUCUUAAAAUCUCUCUCCUUCUUAUUUGAAUAUAUUGGUGAGAUGGGCAAGGACUACAUCUAUGCUGUAUGCCCGUUACUUGAAGAUGCCCUGAUGGACAGGGAUUUGGUGCAUCGUCAAACGGCGUGUGCUGCCAUAAAGCAUAUGGCUCUGGGUGUUUACGGGUUCGGAUGCGAAGACGCGCUCAUUCAUUUACUGAACCACGUGUGGCCGAACAUAUUCGAGACGUCGCCGCAUCUGGUGCAGGCCUUCAUGGACGCGGUGGAAGGAAUGCGCGUCGCUUUAGGACCCGUCAAGAUACUGCAGUACGCUUUACAGGGUUUGUUCCAUCCUGCAAGAAAAGUUCGUGAUGUUUACUGGAAGAUUUACAACACCCUGUACAUAGGAGGACAGGACGCGUUAGUGGCCGGCUACCCUAGAAUACAAAACGAUCCCAACAAUCAUUAUCUUAGAUACGAAUUAGACUAUUUGUUGUAACAAGGUUAUUUAUAAGCGUCUUACAUGGA